CUAUAAAAAGAGCCAUGUCAUGAAGUAAGCUUGCAUCUUUUACCUUUUAUCAUCGAAACCAUAUUUCGUAUUCACCAUACAAUCCUUUAUACUUACUACAUUCCUUUAAAUAAGUCACCGAAUAACGUAUAGUACUCAAAUGAAGGUAAAAAUCAUUGCUGUCUAUACUGUCAGUCAAUAAAAUGAAAAGGCCAGGUCGGCUAACGGUGGUUUUUCUGUUUUUAAACGUAAUAGUUCACUCUUGUAAGCACUCUUUUAGCUGGCCUUCUCGCUACUUCAUCUUAUGUUUUCGCCGAUGAGAACAACAUGCAUUAUUUCUCUGUUCCUGGCCCUGAUUCUGAAUUUACUACCACUGAUAGAAUUGACUUCACUACCAAUGGUAUCACCAACGACGCUGACGAGACCAUUAUUGCUAAGCUCUACAACGCUGCUGAUAAUACAGAAGUUAAACAAAUCGGUUCCUACACUGGCGAAGGUAUUGUUCGAUAUGACGAUAGCGAAGACUGGUCUUUCAGCUGGGUUGUAGAUGUGCCUCCAGGUACUUAUUACGUUCGUCUAUGGGAGCAAGAUGCCGAUGGAGAUAUUGACGAUGAUGAUGAAUGGGAUAAUGAAAUUCGUAGCCAUGACUUCAUGAUAAGAGAAGCUCCUGUGGAAAAGAAACGAAGAAAGAGAGCCUAUUUCAGAAGAUCGGCUAGCCUUAUACAAAAAGCUCAGGCUUUAAAGAAAGAAAAACAAUCUGCUUCGUAAUUCGAUGAUUGUAUGAUAAAAAUCUUCUCCAUUUCAUAACUUAUUACAUUUUUGUAGUAAAGCAAUACGAGCAGUGUUGUUCGUGAUUAUUCCCUCUGUUGCUUAAACCACACUAUUCCUCCCUCUCUAUUUAUUAAGCAUUAUUACUCAUGCCCUCCCAUUUCUCAAAUAAAGCCGUCUCAAUACAUAUACGACACAUUUUCGAAUUAAUCAAGAAAAUAUCAUGUAAAUGUAC